GAGACGCUGGUGCAGGUGGCAGCAGCCGCGGACGUCAGUGUGGAAGAGGCACGGAUCCCGCUGCAAGAGUUUGUCGGCCAGGCUGUGAACGAGGAGCCGUUGCAGAAGCGGCUACGAACGCCUCACGGCCUCCCCAAGCAAGCGUUGCUCGAGGAGAGUCGUGGCGAGUUGGAGGCCCGAGAGUGGGCUCAUUGGCGGCCUCGCCUGCUCUGGUUGCUCGGCGAGAUGGACGCGCCCUCGUUGGAG